CCCGCAGCGCCGGGGAGGCCACCAGGCCCGUGAACAGCACCUGGGGACAUCAUUGGGGACAUCCCUGAGUGCCACCAGGCCUGGGAACAGCACUUCGGGACACAUUGGGGACAUUCCUGAGUACCACCAGUUUUCCGAGCGCCUCCGCGCCGUCCGGUUGGGCCCGAGCUCCCCCGCCAGACUCCGCCGCCGCCAUGAGGGAGAUCGUCCACAUCCAGGCGGGCCAAUGCGGCAACCAGAUCGGCGCCAAGUUCUGGGAGGUGAUCAGUGACGAACACGGCAUCGACCCCACGGGCACCUACCAUGGGGACAGCGACCUGCAGCUGGACCGCAUCAGUGUCUACUACAACGAGGCCACAGGUGGUAAAUACGUGCCCAGGGCCAUCCUGGUGGACCUGGAGCCCGGCACCAUGGACUCGGUGCGCUCCGGCCCCUUCGGGCAGAUCUUCCGGCCCGACAACUUUGUGUUCGGCCAAAGCGGUGCUGGCAACAACUGGGCCAAGGGUCACUACACGGAGGGUGCCGAGCUGGUGGACUCGGUGCUGGACGUGGUGCGCAAGGAGGCCGAGAGCUGCGACUGCCUGCAGGGCUUCCAGCUGACCCAUUCCCUGGGCGGCGGCACCGGCUCGGGCAUGGGCACGCUGCUCAUCUCCAAGAUCCGCGAGGAGUACCCCGACCGCAUCAUGAACACCUUCAGCGUGGUGCCGUCCCCCAAGGUGUCGGACACGGUGGUGGAGCCCUACAACGCCACGCUGUCCGUGCACCAGCUGGUGGAGAACACGGACGAGACCUACUGCAUUGACAACGAGGCGCUCUACGACAUCUGCUUCCGCACCCUCAAGCUGACCACGCCCACCUACGGCGACCUCAACCACCUGGUGUCGGCCACCAUGAGCGGCGUCACCACCUGCCUGCGCUUCCCCGGCCAGCUCAACGCCGACCUGCGCAAGCUGGCCGUCAACAUGGUGCCCUUCCCACGGCUGCACUUCUUCAUGCCCGGCUUCGCGCCGCUGACCUCGCGGGGCAGCCAGCAGUACCGCGCCCUCACCGUGCCUGAGCUCACCCAGCAGGUCUUCGACGCCAAGAACAUGAUGGCCGCCUGCGACCCGCGGCACGGCCGAUACCUGACGGUGGCCGCCGUUUUCCGUGGGCGUAUGUCCAUGAAGGAGGUGGACGAGCAGAUGCUGAACGUGCAGAACAAGAACAGCUCCUACUUCGUGGAGUGGAUCCCCAACAACGUGAAGACGGCCGUGUGCGACAUCCCGCCGCGCGGCCUCAAGAUGGCCGUCACCUUCAUUGGCAACAGCACGGCCAUCCAGGAGCUCUUCAAGCGCAUCUCGGAGCAGUUCACGGCCAUGUUCCGGCGCAAGGCCUUCCUGCACUGGUACACGGGUGAGGGCAUGGACGAGAUGGAGUUCACUGAGGCCGAGAGCAACAUGAACGACCUUGUGUCCGAGUACCAGCAGUACCAGGACGCCACGGCCGAGGAGGAGGAGGAUUUCGGCGAGGAGGCCGAAGAGGAGGCCUGAGGGGUUUCUCCGGAGGUCGUGGUCCUCGGCAGUGUUGCUCCUCCCCUUCCCGGUGUGUUGUCCCAGAGAGGCGUCAACCGGUGGGCGGCGCCUUUGGUGUCAUCAUCAUUGUCCUUCAUCAUCGUCAGUGUUGGCCCUGGUCAUCGGCGGCAGCAGAGUCCCCACCCGACCUUCAGCGUUGUCCUCAAGGUCCUCAACCUUCAUCAUCGUCAUCCUGGAAGAGUCCCCAGCCUUCAGCAUUGUCCUCAGAGUCCCCAGGCUUCACCAUCUUUGAAGAGUCUCCAACCUUCAUCAUCAUCAGUGAGUCCUUGGCCUUUGUCAUCCUUGCAGAGUGUCCAAUCUUGAUCAUGGUCAGACCUUCCAACUUCUGUCGUCUUCAUCCUUGAAGAGUUCCCAAUUUUCAUCAGCAUUGAAGAGUUACCAACCUUCAUCAUCAUCUUUGAAGAGCCCCCAGCCUUCAGCGUUGCCCUCACAGUCCCCGACCUUCAUCAUGGUCAUUCUUGAAGAGUCUGCAGUCUUCAUCAUCGUUGAAGUCUCCAAUCCUGAUCAACCUCCAUGAUUGUUGAAGGAACCCCAAGGUUCAUCAUUGUCAAGGAGUCUCCAGCCUUCAUCAUCAUCCUCCUCACAGAGCCUCCAGGAGCUCCUGGUCUUCAUCGUGGUCCUUGAAAAACCCUUGACCUUCAUAGUCUUCAUCAUGGAAGAGCCUCCAAGAGUUUUUUGACCUUAAGUAGUCUCAUCAUGGAAGAGUUGCUGACCAUCAUCAUCGUCACCUCUGCCCCUCCCCCGCUGCCACCGCGGCCUCCUGUCCCCUCCUCCCCCACUCUGGCUCCAUUUUCUCCAUUUUUUUGUAACUUUUCCCAAAUUUUGUUCAUUUUUCCCAUUUUUUUUGUUUUUCCCCGCCUUUUUUAUUACUUUCCAUAUUUUUGUCAUUUUUUCCCUUUUUCGGUUUAUUUUGCUCCUUUUUCCCUGUUUCAGUCUCUCUCGAUUUUCACCCAUUUUUCCUCAUUUUUGGUUAGUUUCCCCCAUUUUUAGUUUUUUUUUUCCAAUUUUUGCUCUUUUAUUUCCCAUUUUUGGUUGCUCUCAGCCCAAUUCCAUUCCUUUUUUCCAACUUUUGGGUCCUUUCUCCCAGUUUUUGGUUGAUUUUUCCCUAUUUUUGCUCGGUCAUUAUUUUAACCAUUUUUCCUCCUUUUGGCUUCAUAUUCACAAUUUUAAUGAAUUUUUAAACAAUUUUUUGUUCAUUUUUCCCCAUUUCUGUCCGUUUUUCCCGAUUCCGUUGCCAUUCCCGGUGUCCAGUCGCUCUCUCCCGUUUUUGGAUGUUUUUGGUUUUUUUUCCCGUUUCUUUCGUUUUUCAUAUUGAAAAGUCGCCCCCGGGUCCGGAAUAAACUCGGGAUGGAAAAGCCA